AUGAACCCGAAUUUCGCGCCGCAGAACACAGGCGGUAACACCGCCGAUCAUGCUCAACUUUCCAGUCUGCUCUCCAUGUAUGCCCAGUUAGCUGGCACCAACAACCCCUACGCGGCUGCGCCACAGAUCCCUUUUCUCCCUCACGCUCAGCUCUCCAACAACCCUUACCAGGGUUUUCCCCAAUACAACCAGAAUUUACCGCAGCAACCUAACCAAAGCUUCACCUUGCAAGGCAUGCCUCAGCUUGGGCAGAAUGUACCUGGAAGACAGGCGAACCAGGGCAUUCAAGCUAGCCAGAGCGCUCCUCAGCAGUUCAGCCAGGCUGACCUUCAGCACCUGUUGAACCAGCCAUUCUUCGCAUCGAAUAUAGGCCAAGCGGGCUUGGGCCAGCAAGCAUCUGCGAUUAACCUCACGUUGAUGCACCUUGUGCAGAGUGCACUGCAAAUGAAUGUUGCGGUGGGGACGUUUCCAGACGACGAACAACGCCUCAUCCAGGCACUGCAUGAUGGAGGGAUAAAGAAACAGACGAAACGCUUGGCCCUAGAAGCGCUUCAUGGUGUCAAUAACCAUCCAGCGAUGGCAUGGAAGGAUUACUACCUGGAACAUGUCGAUAGACUGGACCAGGCUGCGGCAAAUCUGCAGCAUCCUGUAAAGCCUGAGACGGUUGAGAAGUCUUCUACUUCUCAGUCAUCCUCGAGCAAUACUGGACGGCAAAUUGAAACACAGGUCUCUGCGUCUCUCCCCAGGUUAACAGACCAGGAUGAGCAUCACAAAGGCCAUCCGUACACUUCUGCAUCGACUCGUGAAACCAACACUUACCGGGCACACGGUGAGCGUCAUGACCGCCGCGUUAUAAAGUCGAAGCGAUCUUCGGAUAAGCCAGCUACUACCGUUCGGCGUCAUGUAGAAGACGUCGUGAGCCUGCACCCAACUCAUAAUAAUCUCCGGAUCCCUGAGCUACCAUCGCGCACGCCGUCCCCACCUCUUUCUGAAACUGCGCCAAGAAAAGGGAAGAGGUUCAUGGAGGAGGAUAAAGACUUUUUUAUCAAGUUCAUUCAACGGAAGCUCAGUAAGAAUCCGUACCUGAAGCAAGCGAAGCUGUGUGCUUUACUCGCUGAGAAGGCUCCGUAUCAUUCUGCGGCUUCGUGGUCGAGCUACUGGCUCCGGCACCAUGAUUUACCGGAUAAGAUACUCGCUGCGGCUAGGAAGAAGGCAGUGGCCCAAAACAAAGGCCUUCCCGAGCACUCAUCCAGCGGCAACAAUGAGUGUGGCUCUGACUCUGGGUUAUUAUCUGCAGGCGAGUCUGACGUUCACCAAGGCAUCACUGGUACCAAACGACCCACAGAGUCGGACUACGAUACCGAAGACGAUCUGCGUAACAUGGGGCAUUCAGGUGAUCAAUUCCUCUCAGCCGAUCUGCGUGUCCUCGCCAGGCACGUAGCAUCCCAGCCGAAUUGGGAUUUCAUGACUCGCACCGAGCAGUGGAAGCCGUUCGCGGCCAAGCAUUCACGAAGAUCUCUGGAGGCUUAUGCGCAAGCUUAUGGGAGAUUCAAGACAGAAAUCGACCGCUGGGUGCGCAAGUUCAGGCGUGGGGCGAAGAAGGCAAAGGCUGGUCCCAGUUCUCAGCCGGGUCCAUCCAAGCAAACACCUGAGAUACAGGAGGUGUCCCCAAGUGCUAUCUACUCACGCAAAAGGAGAGCAUCGACUUCUGCAUCUGUGGAGGCUAUUGAAAAGCGUCUGAAAACAGACCUGGAGUGA